AUGGCGUUGUUAUUUGCCGAGAAUGGAGUAAAUGUCUCUUUAUCGGAUCCUGCGGAAGUGAUGAUGGAUUCGGUGAUAGACAAGGCUGAGAAAGCGGGAUAUCACGAAAAGGUGAACAAGUACAAAGACUACAAAUCUCUGUGCAACUCACUUUCGCAGCCACGGCUGUUGGUCUUCUCCUUGCCUCAUGGAAACGUUGGAGAUAAGGUACUUGAAGGUCUGAUGCCCAAUUUGUCCAAGAACGACAUCAUCUUAGACUGCGGAAAUGAGCAUUUCGAGAACACCGAACGUCGACAAGAUAAGUGCAAAGAGCCGGGAAUCAGAUAUAUCGGAUGCGGGGUCAGUGGAGGCUACCAAGCCGCACGCGCGGGGCCGUCUAUGUGCCCUGGUGGUGACAAAUCCGCACUGAAGGAAGUGCUACCUCUGUUACAAAGAGUCGCCGCGAAAGACAAGAAUGGAAAGCCGUGCGUUGGUAUAGUUGGGUCUGGAGGCUGUGGUCACUAUGUGAAGAUGAUCCACAACGGCAUCGAACAUGGUAUGAUGAGUGCUAUUUCAGAAGCUUGGGGCAUCAUGCGCAAGAUGGGCCUAGGCUAUGAAGAGAUUGGUGACAUAUUCGCGAAAUGGAACGAUUCGGGAGAACUUAAGGGAACAUUUCUGGUUUCGAUCGGUGCCGACCUGUCACACAAGCGGGAACCAGGCUCCAAAACGGACCAAAAUCCAGACAACCACCCUCUUGUCAUCUCCGAAGUACUCGACAAGGUAGUUCAAGACAUCACCGGCGAGGAAGGCACUGGAAUCUGGUCCAACACCGAAGCAAUCGAGCAACACAUCCCGGCCUUCACCCUCAAUAUCGCCCACGGCUUCCGCCUCGCAUCCGCAUACCGCGGAAGCCGCGAACAAGCGAACCAAAAUUUCUCUGGAGGCUUCCCACCACAAAAGCUAGACAUCAAAGACAGAGAGGCCGUCAUCGAAGACCUAAGAAAAGCAACAUAUGCCGCAUGUGUAGCGUCCUUCAUCCAAGGCCUCAACACUAUCGCGGCAGCUGACAAGGCUCACGAAUGGGGCAUCAACUACGCUGAAGUGUGGCAAAUCUGGCGCGCAGGUUGCAUUAUUCAGGCGGACUACAUAUCCGACGAAAUUCUGGCACCCGUCCUGAAAGCACCGAAUGCAAACUUCUUGACUAUCAAUCUGCUCACUACCGACCGUGUCGCAAAGGAUAUCCGCAACUGUUACGAUUCGCUCCGCCGCGUUGUUGCUAAGGUUGUGGAGACAGAUCAAGUAGCUCCAGCACUCAGUGCUACGCUUGAGUAUUUCAAGGUUGUCACUGGGACAGAUCUGCCGACGUCGUUUUACGAAGCGGAGCUGGAUUACUUUGGCUCGCACAUGUUUGACAGAAAGGGCGAUCAGGACGAGCAGGUCAAGAAGCCGAUGGAAGGGAAGCACCACUUUGAGUGGAAGCCUGCGGUCAGCCAGAAGGAAGCGUACGGAUACACCGGAACGAAGCCAUAA